AUGUUUAUGCAUGGGGAUUGGGUGGAUAUGUUGCUGAUGGGAUUAGGGUUUCUGGGUGCCUUCUGCGAUGGGAUAUCCUUACCUGUCACCAUCUUCGUCUCCAGCAAGCUCAUGAACACCAUGGGAACUUCUGAUCAGCAGUCUCAGAAUUCUUCUUCAAUGGCUGAUGAUACUUUCACUCACUCCAUCAACAAGAAUGUGCUAAUGAUUUGCUACAUUGCUUGCGCACAAUUUGUGGCCGGCUUUCUUGCGGGAUAUUGUUUCUCAAGAACAGCAGAGAGACAAACGUCAAGGCUACGGAGAAGAUAUCUGAAAGCUAUUAUGAGACAGGACGUAAGUUAUUUCGAUCUACAUGUAACCAGCACUGCAGAGAUUAUCCAAAGUGUUUCCACAGAUAGUCUAGUAAUUCAAGACACCAUUAGUGAAAAGAUUCCAGUUUUUGUAUCAGGCAUUUCGUCGUUCAUGGCAUCCUAUCUGGUCGCAUUCACAUUGUUGUGGAGACUAGCAAUCGUGGGGCUCCCUUUUAUAGUGCUUCUUCUAGUACCAGGUUUGAUGUAUGGAAGAGCCCUUAUGAGCAUUGCAAGAAAAAUCAAGGAUGAGUAUAACAAAGCUGGUGUAAUAGUCGAGCAAGCAAUUUCUUCAGUUCGAACAGUUUAUUCAUUUGUCUGCGAGAGCAAAAUCAUCGAUGCAUACUCUAAUGCUCUUGAGGGUACUGUGAAGUUGGGGUUGAGGCAAGGCUUAGCUAAAGGUUUGGCCAUUGGUAGUAAUGGUGUUACCUUUGCGAUUUGGUCAUUCAUGACUUAUUACGGCAGUCGAAUGGUGAUGUACCACGGCGCCGGAGGAGGCACUGUCUUUGCCGUUGGAGUAUCAAUGAUUGUUGGUGGACUAGCGCUCGGCUUGGCUUUGCCUAAUCUAAAAUACUUCUCUGAGGCAAAAGCAGUUGCAGAACACAUAAAUGAGGUAAUUGAAAUAGUUCCUAAGAUUGAUUCGGACAGCAUGGAUGGCCAAAUACUACCAACUGUAUCCGGACAAGUUGAAUUCAGACAUGUCGAAUUCUCAUACCCUUCGAGGCCCGAAAACAAAGUCUUCGAAGAUUUCAAUCUGAAAAUCCCAGCAGGGAAGACAGUAGCAUUGAUUGGAGGAAGUGGAUCGGGGAAGUCGACAUUUGUUUCUUUAUUGCAACGAUUCUACGAUCCUCUUGGGGGCAACAUUCUUCUUGACGGCGUCGACAUUGACAAGUUGCAGCUUAAGUGGCUUAGAUCACAAAUGGGAUUGGUGAGUCAAGAACCAGCCCUUUUUGCUACCUCAAUUAAGGAGAACAUACUUUUUGGUAAGGAAGAUGCAUCAAUGGAAGAGGUUAUCGAAGCUUCGAAAGCUUCGAAUGCGCAUAACUUCAUUAAUCUUUUGCCUCAAGGUUAUGACACUCAGGUUGGUGAGAGAGGCAUACAGAUGUCCGGUGGCCAGAAACAGAGGAUCGCCAUAGCUAGAGCUAUAAUUAAAGCUCCCAAUAUCCUUCUACUCGAUGAGGCCACCAGCGCUCUCGACUCAGAAUCCGAGCGAGUAGUCCAAGAGGCUCUCGACAAGGCAACAGUUGGUCGGACGAGCAUCAUCAUAGCUCAUCGACUUUCUACCAUUUGCAAUGCUGACCUUAUCGCCGUGAUCCAAAAUGGCGAGGUCGUGGAAAUUGGUUCGCACAAUGAGCUAAUUGAAAAUGACUUCGGCCAUUACACAAAGCUUGUUCGUCUACAAGAGAUGCAGAAAACCAAAGAGUUUACUAAUCAUAACAAAGCUGGACCUUCUUCGUCCAUCGUGAACAAUGACAAUCACAACACAAGUAGUAGACGGCUAUCCUCGGUUAGUAGAUCUAGUUCGACCAAUUUAGAUGAAGAAAACUAUGUUGAAGCGAAUACCAUAACUGCGACUCAUGAUCAAGUAUUUCCGACACCUUCGAUUAGAAGAUUAUUAGCCAUGAAUUCUCCGGAAUGGAAGCAAGCUACAUUAGGAUGCAUCAAUGCAGCAUUAUUCGGUGCUAUACAACCCUUGUAUUCUUUCGCUAUGGGAUCGAUCAUAUCUGUUUUUUUCCUACCAAAUCAUGAUGAAAUCAAGGAGAAGACAAGGAUUUAUGCAUUAUCCUUUGUAGCAUUGUCAGUAGCAUCCCUUCUGAUCAAUGUCGUUCAGCAUUAUAACUUUGCAGCAAUGGGGGAACACUUGACAAUGAGAAUAAGAGAAAGAAUGUUGUCCAAAAUACUCACUUUCGAAAUCGGGUGGUUCGACAAAGAUGAGAAUGCAACUGGCGCUAUAUGCUCUAGACUAGCAAAAGAUGCCGGUGUGGUGAGGUCUUUGGUUGGAGAUCGAAUGUCUUUGCUUGUCCAAACCUUUUCUACAGUAACGAUUGCGUGCACCUUGGGACUUGCCAUCGCAUGGAAGCUUGCUUUAUUAAUGAUUGCCGUGCAGCCAUUGAUCGUUGUAUGCUUCUACUGUAAGCUCGUUCUGCUAAAGAAAAUGUCAGAAAAAUCGAUGAAAGCUCAAGAUAAAAGUAGCAAGCUUGCAGCCGAAGCAGUCUCAAAUCUCCGGACCGUCACUGCUUUCUCUUCUCAAGCUCGGAUACUCAAGAUGCUCGAUAAGGUCCAAAAAGGGCCACGAAAGGAAAGCAUACGACAGUCAUGGUAUGCAGGCAUUGGACUCGGGACUUCGCAGAGUCUCAUGACACUCACGUGGGCCUUAGAUUUUUGGUACGGUGGCAAGCUGAUCGGUGAAGGUGCCAUCGGGGCGAAAGCAAUGUUUCAGACAUUCAUGAUCCUUGUAAGCACAGGAAACGUCAUAGCCCAGGCUGGAACCAUGACGAAUGAUUUGAGCAAAGGUGCUGAUUCAGCUGGAUCCAUUUUCGCUGUUUUGGAUCGGUGCUCGUUGAUUGAGCCAGAAGAUGCGACCGGUGUGAAACCAACUAAGCUAACAGGCCAUGUCGAGCUGCGCAACAUCAAAUUUGCUUAUCCAUCUCGACCCGAUACAAUGGUGCUUAAAGAUUUUUCCAUAGUGAUUGAGGCGGGGGAAUCUACUGCACUUGUGGGCCAAAGUUGAUCCGGAAAAUCAACCAUUAUAGGCUUAAUCGAACGAUUCUACGAUCCUCUUCGAGGAGAGGUUAGAAUCGACGGACAGAACAUCAAGACAUAUAACUUGAGGGCUUUAAGGACGCACAUUGCACUAGUCAGUCAAGAGCCGACGCUUUUCGCCGGCACGAUCAGAGAAAACAUAGCUUACGGAGCAUUAGAAGAGAUCGAUGAAGCCGAGAUCAUAAAGGCAUCCAAAGCAGCAAAUGCUCAUGAAUUCAUAUCGGGGCUGAAGGAAGGGUACGACACUUUAUGUGGAGACAGAGGGGUGCAGCUGUCUGGAGGCCAAAAACAGAGGAUCGCCAUUGCUCGUGCCAUCCUUAAGAAUCCGGCGAUAUUGUUGCUAGACGAGGCGACAAGCGCGCUCGACAGCGAGUCGGAGAAAGUUGUGCAGGAAGCUCUGGAGAUGGUGAUGGUUGGGCGGACGAGCAUUGUUGUGGCUCACAGGCUGAGCACUAUACAGAAUUGCGACAUGAUCGUUGUGAUGGACAAAGGAAAAGUGGUCGAGAAGGGAACACACUCAUCAUUAAUGGCCAAAGGAUCGAAUGGAGCGUAUUAUUCGCUGGUUGGUCUUCAAAGAAUGCCUCAACGAAAUACACAGGCCAUAAUCAGCUAAUAAUGCCGAGUUCA